CUUCUCCCAAACAUGGGCCUUCCUGGCCUGGAUACUCUUAAAAUAGGCCUCGUUUACGCUAUUUUCAUACUAUUAUUCCCUUUGCAAACAGGCUCUCGACCAACUCUCCUAAAAAAUGGCGUUGACUCCAGCUUGUCUCCAGACUCUGGAUUCCCUGUUGUUCCUGAACCUGUGAGCCUCAACCAUCAUUCCGUCAACCCUUCUUUAUUACGACACCUGAGAGCUGAUACGCUAUCUCAGAUUUAUGAUGGAAUACUAGAUGAUGGAUUCAUCGACUCGUCGCCAAAACGGGAUAUAGUGUCGGGCCUACACCACCAGUUUCCAGCUUCAAAGACUGGGGACAGCACUGGAAUUACUGAAAACAAACAUGUUUUUGUUGAUGAUCCAACAUCUUUUCACAAAGUUAAAGUAGCAGGAUUACUACCAGAAUAUAUCGUGAAGUUGAAAUUAACAGAUACAAAAUGGAACAAAAGUACACUUCAAGCAAAACUACAGGAUAUAUUUCCAUCGUCUUUUAUUCACCUAUCCUAUGAUAAGCCUAAAAAUACCAUUGAGAUGUAUAUAUCAAAAUCAGGUGAUGACCCUCAUUUUAUCAGCGCCAAGGAAAUCUUGGCGAAAUUGGCGGCAUCGAAUCUCGUCACGACAGAACAGACUGUUCAGUUGGAUGCCAGUCCACCACAAGCUCUGCCUCAGCAGAGCGAUCGUGGAUCUUCCUCACAAUCUUCCCACCAACAUUUUUGGCACCGGGUGUGGUUCCCUUACGUGGCAGCUGGUGUCGCCACUUUCCUUGUCAUCAUUGUAUUAGGCGCUGUGAUUUGUUAUGUACGAUAUAAAAAGAAAAAAGCCGAGCAGACGCCAAGUCGGCGGCCGACGCAUAUUUGUCUUUAUCCUGUGGCGACGCCAGAGACUCGCCUGACGUCGCCAGUGCAGCCAGCAGAGGGGCAGCAGUAUUAUGUGGCGCAAACGUUUACCACGCCUGUUCCGGCCCAACCACCUAUUCGGAUACGAGCCAAAGGUCUAUUAGAGAGUAGACGUGGCUCGAGCGCCUCCCUAACCAUCGACCUCACUCCAACAGUAGACGUAUCAAAAAGUGGAUCCCCGCCUAGAGAGAGUCCUUCCAGGGAAUACCUUCUUUCUGCUGGUUACAGAAUGACGCGUAAACAAUUAAGAAAAUGUUUAAAAAAUCUCAAACCUUUAUAUGAUGAGUUCUGGGAAAUCCCCAUGAAUCAUCCCGAUCGUGUAAAUGUAGCGGGCUCAGGGUUGAAAAAUCGUUACAAAACUAUAUUACCAAAUGAACACACUAGAAUCAUUUUAGAAGAAACAAACAGUGAUUUAUUAACAACAUAUAUAAAUGCUAAUUCUAUACGGGGUUACGCGGGAGAAGAAAAGGCAUACAUCGCAACACAAGGUCCCAUUUCGAAUACAGUGUACGAUUUCUGGCGAAUGCUCUGGCAGGAGCGGACGCCAUGUGUGAUCAUGAUCACGAAACUCAUGGAGAAGGGGAAGAUGAAAUGUGAGCAGUACUUCCCGCUCACCCCCGAGGAAGGGACGUUAGUGUAUGAGGAUAUUCAUGUGUGCGUGACGGAUAUCGCAAUCAAGGAUGGGUACGAGAUCAGGGAACUCAAGGUCACACGUGAUGGGUACUUAAACGAAGAGAGGAAAAUUUUACAUUUUUGGUACACGACGUGGCCGGAUCAUAAGACGCCCGACUCGCCCAAGCAGUUGUUGGGGAUGGUGGCGGAUGUUGAGAAGAAGAGAUAUGAUCAUGACAGUGAUAAGGCCAAGGGGCCAGUGGCUGUUCAUUGCAGCGCUGGAAUUGGUCGUACAGGGUGUUUUAUUGCAAUCAGUAUUGGAGUUCGUCAGUUACAGGAGGAACAAAUGAUUGAUGUGUUAGGGAUUGUCUGCCAGAUGCGAUUAGACAGGGGAGGUAUGGUCCAGAAUAGUGAACAGUACGAAUUUGUCCACCGAGCACUUUGUAUGUUUGAGAAAACUCUUCCGCAGAGUUCGCCGAGUGGAGAUUGACGAUAGUCACGUGCUAUUGGUCAAUUCCGCACACUUCCAUGGACAGCUACACCACCUGGUGACUGGAUAGAGAACCAGUUCUGGAAACAUCGAGUUGGUGAAGAUUCAGAACUGGACUACUUGACAUUCCAGCUUCUUGUAGCAACAUUUGUGGAAUACCAUUUCUGAAAUUUGUGCAUUAAAUCAGGGUGAUUUUUGUGCUUAUUUAGCUAUGCUCAUCAUCUGCUGGACUCAUGAUGGAUCGUACCUGCAGGGUGGAAAUUUCCCCGGAUAUCACACCUACAGGUUGGAUACUCCCUGGAUGACAUGCCUGCAUGUGGAAUUUUUCCUGGAUGUUGUACCUGCACAUUGGAAAUUUCCCAUGGAUAUCAUACCUGCAGGUGGAAUUUCCCGGGAUAUCGAACCUGCAGGUGGAAAAUUCCCAAUGGGAAUGGUCAAAGAAUCGUUCCAAGAUAGUUGAUCGGAAUUCUUUGAUUAGUGGGGUGAAUUUAGUCUAAAAUGUUCUUAUACACUAAAAUCAACAAAACGGUGUCAUUUUGUGAUAAUUGUAAAAAAAUAGUGCAAUAAUGUAAAAAUAUGUACAGAAAAGUUGACUUUUCGUCAGAAGUUUUAGUUCCAUGAUUUUGCUGCAUUUUAAACUUGUUGCUGUUGGGUUUUCUGCCAUAAUAGUUGACAUUCGUUUCACCAGUGAUUGGACAGAAGGAUGUGUGCAUUUGCUGUAGAACUUUACACUGUAUGUGCUGGUGGAUUGAGCAAAUUGAGGGUGAUAAAUCAUUAUUUAAUAAAUCCACGCGUAGUCUGUGAGAAUCAUUUGUAGGACGAGAGAGAGAUUGUGACUUCCACUGAUAAUAAAUGUCUUAUGCCGCUGGUAGUUGGCAGACAAAGUGAAAAUCGCAGUGAAACCAGACCAACUCUGAAACCGCCUUUGGACUCGAGACAGUUUAAACUCUGUACAGGAGCUGAUAAUUGCAAAUGAUUCUCGCAAGCCCAGCUGGAAUGGACUUAAAUUAUUCUCAUGUGUUCGUGCAAUACUUUCUAUUGUGAUUGUGUGCUUUCUCAUAAUAUCGCCAAAGUCUUCUAUAUCGGUUGUUGUUUGGAGUCUUUGCGGGUCAUAACUGGAUGUCACACUGUUGUGAAAUUCUAGCCGUCUAUAUUUAUUGUACUAGUCUCUCUCGCUGCAUAUCUGUUGCAUUUCGUACCCCGACUUUAACGUCUGAUGUUUCCGUAUUUUGUACCCAAGUUAUGAGCUUGGCGUUACCAUAUUUUGUACCCAGAUUAUAACAUGUCAGUGUGCUACAGUGCGGGCCAGUAUGUAACUGCUCAGCUCGGUACUUAUGACAACAUUUAAAGACAAAUCAAUCUCUUUCAAACUUACCCAAAAACAUUAUAUGUGAUCUUAUAAUCUUAGAUCUAAUCUAUAAGUUCAGGCCUUUCCAUUUAUCUGUGUCUGGCAUUGAACUUUUCAUGCGUGAAGCUCACUCCAAACCCUAAUUCAUACUCUCGAUCUUAACCAACAGUUGCGUGAAAUUACCUUGAAUUGACCAAUAGAGAUCCAGCGGUCAGCGUGAGGUCAUCAAAAUAGUUUCAGGUGUUGACAAAGUGUUGAUCAACAGAACAGGGUCGGUACAAGGUUCACAUUGACAGCUGCAUGUUGGAAGAUGUGCUUUGAAUAGUAAAUAUGCUCCAUGCAGACCAGCUGAAUGCCAGACUACAAUCGUCGUUUAGUCUCUGUGUGCCAUUGUUUCAUUCGAUUGUGCCCAUUGUUCGUCCAUCGCACAAAUUACCAUUACAAAUAUGCAUGUUCAUGUACACACCAGUGUGUUUAUAUACAUUUGUUAUCUUAAAGGGAGACUAUAGGCAGGAGCAGAGGGGCUAAUUUGGCCAUCCUCAGGUGGUUAAUAUACAGAGUAAGGGCCCUGGGUCAUGUCAGAUUCAGCACUAAAUAUAUUCCUCGUACAAGUGUGAAUCAUUUCGACGUACUGUGAGAUGUGAGAGACCCCAUUGGCGACAUUGUGUCACUUUAUCUUGCCUGCUUAGCUGCUGCCUAUAUUGUCCCUUUAAUGUCUGUGUUGGUCGUCUGUACAUUUGGAAGAGUGAUUACGGGUACGAGCAAAGUGUAACAAUGCAAUUGCAAGUGCCAGUACCAAGUUUAAUGAGGAGUGACUGACAAUUCUGACAUUUGCAGAGCUAAAUGAUAACAUAAUUUAAAGGCCUGCUCUGUUCGUUUUCAUUGUAUUUCUGGGGGCUCGGGUAAAUAUAGAUAAACAUGGCCAUAAAGUGCAGUUAUUACGCAUGCAAAUUUGCUGAAACUCGGCAGAUUCAAGUUCAGUUUUCAAAUUUUGGAAAGAAUGGAUUCCGCCUUCAAAUGCCUCAAUUCUAGAGUUGUUGUGAGGUAGUCACCCCUGAUUGAACUGGGUACACUGUAUUUUGUUGGGAAACCUCUAAUUUAUCUACCUGCCUGCCACAGCGAAUGGAAAUCUUUCAUUUCUUUAUAAUUCCUAAUCUGAAGCUGAAUACUUUGAUCGGAUUAAAUCUAAUGCUGGACACUGAUCAAAUUCCAUAAAAUCAGUACUUUGGUAAAAGAGGCAACUGUAUUAAAGGCAGAUUUUGGUAAAUAUUCGAAACAAGUGACAAUGGGGACUUCUACGUAAACUUGGCCUUGGAGGUACAAAGUAUGUAUCCCGUGCAAUCAUCGACAUGUCGUUUCAUUACUGUGAUGGCUGAAAAUAGACAAUUAUUAACCAAGUGUAUAUUAUCAUGUAAAUAAGGAGAAAUGUUUGCCAUGUUAUUCGCGUCUCUGUUGCACAAAUCAGUGUCCUCUUGGACUUGUCUGUUAUUGCCGCAUGUUUAUGUGUGGCAUCCUUGGCCUGUGAUGUAUAAAGGGUCGUGAAAAAAGUUCUAGGAGCUAUACAGGAGUUUGAAACCUCAAUUUUCAAAACUGCAAAAAUACUGCCAAUUAUGAUACAAUGCUUUCCGCUGAAUCCUUACUGAAUCCUUCUGCUGCAUCCAUAGCGUAGCAGAUCAACUAAAACAGUUUUCCUCAUCUUUUAAUUGUACCACUUUACCUUAUCUGGUUAGUUUUUUAAAAUUCGUUAUUUCCCCACGUUUUCACAGCCCUUUCUAAUCACAGAACCCUGUUGCAUUUGAUGUGUGGAAUUUCCAGAAUAUAUAUUUACUGUUACAAAGUUAAACUAUUGUACAGAUGUGUUAUGUAUUUUGCACCAAAUGGAAGUAUAUUCCUGCAUUACACAAAUAAAUAAAUGUAUAACGAACGUUGUUUUAAGUGUGUUUCGCUUCGGACGUUAUUGCCAAUGCAGUCUGGCAUUGCAUCAAAUUACAAAGUAUUAUCGAUAUCAUUGUUUUAACAUAACAUCAUAACCCUCGAACAUUAUUGUCUUUUAUAAACCAACGCUUUUGAAUUGUGGAGAUUUAAUUUUCCAUCAAUGAUUGAUUGGUGCCAGUGAGGCCAAAAACUGGUUUUGUUAAAGGGGAUACUUUAGACAAGAGCCAGGUUGGUUGGAUUAGAUUUCAGUAGGUCCCCAAUAGGGGUCUCUGCUAUCACACACUACAUCGACACUAUCCACACUGGUGCAAGGAAGAUUUUGAUCAGAUGGUCAAACCAGACAAAAUGGUCCUUUUGAUAAAUCAUUUCAUCCAACAUGCAUUUGAUUGAGAUUUUGAAAAGAAAUUCACAAAGUAUUUAUUAGGGCUUGUGUAACAUAAGCUUUGUGUUUUAGUCCUUGCGUCGUUUCUGGCACACCCUGUAGUGAACACAUAGUCACUGUCAUCAUAAGAUGUCUAGUCAUAUUUGUACUGGUUGCCAUGCACAGAAUUAAUUAACUACUAGUUGUCAAACAGAACAUGUCCUAUUUUUGAUUUCAUUUAAGCAAUUUCUUAAAAUCAAAAGUUGGGAAUGUUUUAUUUGACACCUUGUGUCUUCAGAAUCAUUCUAUGUAAAUGUACAUGUACUUGUAAAUAUUUAUGUAAAUAUAAUGUGUAAAUGAUGUUUAUUGUGAACUUGUCACGUGUGAUUUUAUCGAUAUGCAGAAAAAUGUUACGAUUAUUAAUAUUAUUAUGUAUAGUUUCUGCAGAUUCUGUCAAGAUUAUAUUUUUGCGAAAAAGUUUAUUUAUUCAUAGUUGUUGCCAUGAAGAGUUAAGAAAACAGGUCCUUUUAAAUAGCAACAACUUCUGCUCUGUUUCCUAAAUGUGCCAAGUGGUAACUCAUGGUACCAACAACCUCUGCUCCAUUUUCUAAAUGUGCCAAGUGGUAACUCAUGGUACCAACAACUACUGCUCCAUUUCCUUAAUGUGCUAAGUGGUAACUCAUGGUACCAACAACUUCUGCUCCAUUUUCUAAAUGUGCCAAGUGGUAACUCAUGGUACCAACAACUUCUGCUCCAUUUCCUUAAUGUGCCAAGUGGUAACUCAUGGUACCAACAACUUCUGCUCCAUUUCCUAAAUGUGCCAAGUUGUAACUCAUGGUACCAACAACCUCUGCUCCAUUUUCUAAAUGUGCCAAGUGGUAACUCAUGGUACCAACAACUUCUGCUCCAUUUCCUUAAUGUGCUAAGUGGUAACUCAUGGUACCAACAACUUCUGCUCCAUUUUCUAAAUGUGCCAAGUGGUAACUCAUGGUACCAAUAACUUCUGCUCCAUUUCCUAAAUGUGCCAAGUGGUAACUCAUGGUACCAACAACUUCUGCUCCAUUUCCUUAAUGUGCCAAGUGGAAACUCAUGGUACCAACAACUUCUGCUCCAUUUCCUAAAUGUGCCAAGUGGUAACUCAUGGUACCAACAACUUCUGCUCCAUUUCCUAAAUGUGCCAAGUGGUAACUCAUGGUACCAACAACUUCUGCUCCAUUUCCUUAAUGUGCCAAGUGGUAACUCAUGGUACCAACAACUUCUGCUCCAUUUCCUAAAUGUGCCAAGUUGUAAUUCAUGGUACCAACAACCUCUGCUCCAUUUUCUAAAUGUGCCAAGUGGUAACUCAUGGUACCAAUAACUUCUGCUCCAUUUCCUUAAUGUGCCAAGUGGUAACUCAUGGUACCAACAACUUCUGCUCCAUUUCCUAAAUGUGGGAUGUCAUGUGGCUUGGAAAUGAUUUCAAAGUCUGCCUGAAGAAUCGGAAUACCCCCAAAACUAAUUUACCAGACGGGUACCCAGCUAAACGGUUCCCUAAUAAAAAAAUUAUCAAUCCUGCAUUGCCUUUUAGAUUGAACCACUGUAGUCUUUCAGCUGUUUCUGUUGGGAAGUUGUUAUUAUUUAUUAUGUCCACCAAAUAAAAAGUAUUUAUUCCAAUCAUUACAAAAAUUGUUGCGCUGACUAUUUCUCUCAGAAAUGACCCCCUCCUCAUGACAAAGGAUCAACAUUCUUUCGUAUUCUAGUCAUAAUCUUGCCCCCUCUUACCCCACCCAUACUGUUGACAAGGGUGUACUUCUCUUCUUCACCCUGGAGAAUCAGUUUUCCAACUUGAUGAGAAUGGUAUGCUUUCAGGCAGGUCUCUCAUCUCACUGAGUAGUCCUGACCUGGGUAAAUGUGUGCAUCAAAUGAAAACUUGCCAAGAAGAGACGAUUCUUGGUAUUUAGACUGAACUUUUGUCCGGCUGGUAAUCGGGACAAUAAUGGUAUGCAUAAGUUGGCCGAGGGCAGGCCUGCUCGAUAAGUUCUAAGUCCAGAUGCUUGGCAGGUAGGAAAUUGAUAUUUCCAGGUAUUGCUUGACGUUAUUUCUGAGACAGAUAGUUGGUGAAACAGAAUAAAAACAGAUUAGGUUAAUUGGGUUAUUUUAGAAAGGGAAGGUUGGAGACUAGGUGAUCUAUGGUCAGUGUGUGGUUUUCUGUCAAACAGAUUCAGUUAAUCAGUUAAUUCAAAGAUGAAUUCGUGUGAUAGUCAAAUAGCAGUUCAGUUAUGUAUGAUGUGAGCAUUUACGUUUGCAUUUAGAUAUCUAUCAACUCCAUUCUUGUCAUUAAAGGCCUUCGCCGUUCAAUCUCGAUCGGAGCCUAAAUUGAUGGCUGUUAAAACCUGGGGUCAUCCAUCCUGAGCUACUACUAAGGUAAAGGACAGUUACUGCAUUUGACACUUGUCUAUUGGUUAUUCAUGUUUAUCUGAAAGACGUUUAUCAAACUGUUGAUAUUGUAAUCAGUAGAUUCAGACUAACAAAAUCUUAUUUUAAAGUCAUUUUGACUGAAACGUCACUUUAUGCUGGCCUUAGUAGGACAGCAUAAUAACAAUUUGUCAAAUCAGGGUCUGGUUGUUCAAAACAGGAUGAAGUCACUAACAACUUAACUAGGCUACCUCCUUCAGCUAAGCUAAUUUCAGUUAAAGUCGUCACCAAGUUCGUGACUAACUUUGAGCUACUGGGCCCAGAUUUUAUCGAAGUAAACUCCCAGUACCUGUACUUUUGCUUCAUUCCGGUGUACUCUCUUUUAUUUGGUGCAGUGUUCGAUGUCUGUUCUUGGUCUCAUAUCGCACACACCUGCCUCCGCGGCAGCCAUGAGUCACACAUCUAGUGCAAUAAACUGCAUUGUCAAGUUAUGUCUGGGUGUGAAUAAAUGCAGUAUGU